AUGAAUUCAACCGAUAUUUGUGUAAUUUUUUUGUAUGUGUAUAAACUUGGUAAUAAUGCUGCAAAAGCUGCACGCAACAUAAACCAAGCGUUUGGGGAGAAUGCAGUUAACGAUCGAAAAGUGCAGCGUUGGUUUGAAAAAUUUCGUUCUGGUGAUUUUCCACUACAAAAUGAUCCGCGUGGAAGACCCAAAACUUCUGUGAAAAAUGAUGAUCCGAAGGCAUUGGUGGAAACGAAUUCAACUGUAUCCAUGAGAGAACUUGCUACCAGGAUGAACGUUGAUCAUACAACAAUAUUACGACAUCUUUCUGAAAUUGGAAAGGUAAAGAAAAUGGAUAAGUGGGUACCGCACGAACUAACCGAGCGAAAUAAGCUGGAUCGGUUGAACGUAUGCUCAUCGUUACUAACCCGAUUUCAUCGACAGCCAUUUUUUGAUUGGAAUAUUACCUGUGAUGAAAAAUGGGUUCUUUACGACAACAGGAAAAGUUUGGUGGAAUGUGACUGGGAUAAUUCAUUACUCGUUCCUUCGAACUGGGCAUACAAUUAUGGCCCAAAGCACUGCCAGUACAUUGAUGAGAUGCACGAAAAAUUGAAAAUUAUUGAAAACAUCACUUCUCAACCGGCAUGGCCCACUGCUUUUCCAUAA